AUGAAAUAUUUGAUUUUUUAGAAAAUUGUCAAACCACAAGUACCAGCUGAAUUGAUUAUGAAAACAUAACCAGAUGAAGAUUCUGAAGUUGAAGAUUUCAAACUCGAAAUAGAAAUGAAGUUCAGAACCUGCAAAAUCAACCACACCUUCAAAUUUCCUAAAGAGUAAUAUGAAUCCUCAUCGGACACAUCGUUGCAAUCUCUAAAAGAUGUCACAACCUAUAACUUGAAUUGUGAUAAUCUGGAUCGAUUGACCGAUGCUACUCAACCCCAUUUCAUGAAGGCUCUCAAUGAGCGAUUAAUGAAAUUAACAGAUCAGAUUGUCGAAGAAACACAACCUAAAACUAAGCAGUUCAACUAUGCGCCCAAUUUGAAGUCUUCCAGAAUGUAGAAGUUACGAGGAACCAAUAUAUCCAACACCUCAAUUACAAAGCCCACAGAGUUGUCUGUGAAUGCAGCAAGUCAAAGUCAGGGCAGGGAAAGUGUCAUUACCAAACCUUCAUCGAAUCUUGGCUUCAGGGCGACUCCCACAUUGUCGUCUGAGAAGAAAAAUAAAUCCAAAUAUAUUCAGCAAAUCUUGAAGAUCACUCAACAGAAACAGAUGAACAAUCAGAACAUAGGUGGAACCUUCUAUAAGAGAACUCCUUAAGUCAACAACAAUUACAUCAACAUCAAUUAAAAUAUUAAUAAUAGCAUAGUUGUAAAUGGGAAAAAGAAUUUCCAGGAAAUCAGGAUCAAAACUGAACAGGAUGAACCAGAAAUUAGUUUAUAACAAUACUAGGUCGUGCCCAAUUCCAGACCCAAAAUGAGAGAGUCUACAAUCAAGGGUAAAAAAUUGGACAUUUCUAUUGGACAUAAGAAUCUCACUUUGGAUAGCCAAUAUCUGGAAAACUAUAGUCGUCAUGCUAAGAGUUUGAUUUUUUAAUAUAAUUAUUAUAUAUAUUUUAUUCGUUUUUUCAGGCUGGCUAUGAUAUUGAAUGAGAUUUCAAGAGAUGACGAACAACAAUCAUUUAUUAGCAUAAAUGAGAAAGAGUUAACACUUCAAACACAAACUAAUUUGAAAUAACAAAUCAAGAUGUUGCCACCAAUAUAUUUAUCAAUGUCACUGAUAGUUUUAUCAGCAGCUAUUUUGAGUCAGUUUUAAUAUGCAAGGGCUCAAACAUUCCCUUUGUUUUUGGAGUUGCCUUUUUAAAAGAAUUAAUUAUUUACUAUUGGAAAUGCUUUAAUAAGUUUGAUGGGAAUUAUUAUAUAUUAUUUGGUUUAUUAGGCCAAUUAAUCUAAACCCAUUAGGAAACGCUACUCAGCUCGAUCGAUUCCACAUAAAGUCUUUUCAUUUUAGAUAUUUUUAAGUGGAGUGUUAUCCCAUCUAGCAUUCCUAGCAUUUGCUUUACUUCCCAUCGAAUACAAAAACCAAUCCAACUUUUUAUAUACCGAAGACAGAAUUUUAUUAACAUUUUCGUUCAUAAUGAAUUUUCUAUUCACAAGCUAUUACAUGUGUUACAAGUAGGGUUCUUAACCAUCCAAACUCAGAAAUCAGUUAUAACCGUUUUCUUUGAGUUAACAAAUAAAGGCAGCUUUGUUUACUGUAAUUUGCUUUUUAUUUACUGCUUUUAUUUCGGUGAAUUUCAUUAGUAUUUUUAUGGGAAUGCCGAUGGCUUAAGGAGAACCAAGUUUGAAUGAUGGUUUGAGUGCAUCUGAAGAUUUUAUAGCAAACAUGGUUAGCGAGAUAUACUCUACACUGUCAUAUAGUUUAUAUUUGAUGAAUUCAUUUUUUAUAGGAAUGUUUUAUUCUGACUUAUAGAAAAUUAAUUUGAUAAUGAGUGUAGAUUAAGAGAUGAUGCUUAACAGGAAUGAAAAAUCAAAGUGAUUAAAUAAUAAAUUAUCGUGAAUCGCAAUGCAUAUAAAAACGGAUAUA